CAAAUGGGAGCAGUUCAUUUGGGACCUGGCUGGUGGCUUUUACCUUGGAUUUGAGGAUCUCACAAUCACACGGAGAGGCCUGCAAACAUAUAGCAUAACUUGGAUGUUUCUCUUAAUGAUUACUUCACUUUGUAAAGAGCUGGCUCCCUCAAUUGCAAAGGAGGGAGAGGCUCCUCUCCAACCCAGGGUGGCUGCAUCUCUCUGCCAAAAUCUUUUGAAAUUUGGCACGGUAUUCAAAAGUCCGUGGAAAGGAAAAAAAAAACUUGCCCUAGCAUCGGCUUCCAACUACGAAGACAGACUUGCUUCUUUCAACGGUUUUCGCAGAUCCGGUGACCCACGCUCUGAAGUCAGAACUAGCUAACUUUCAAAAACAUCUGGAAAAAUGAAGACAUGGUUAAAAAUUGUAUUUGGAGUUGUCACCUCUGCUCUGCUUGCUUUAUUGGUGAUGUGCAUUGUCUUCCGUCCUUCAAGAGUUCAUAACUCUGAAGGAAGUACAACAAGAGCACUCACGCUGAAGGAUAUUUUAAAUGGGACAUUUUCUUAUAAAACAUUUUUUCCAAACUGGAUUUCAGGACAAGAAUAUCUUCAACAAUCUACAGACAAUAACAUAGUAUUUUAUAACAUUGAAACAGGAGAAUCAUAUACCAUUUUGAGUAAUACCACCAUGAAAAGUGUGAAUGCUUCAAGUUAUGGUUUAUCACCUGAUCGGAACUUUGCAUAUUUAGAAAGUGAUUACUCAAAGCUUUGGAGAUACUCUUACACAGCAACAUAUCACAUCUACGACCUUACAAAUGGCGAGUUUAUAAGAAGAAAUCAGCUUCCUCGUCCAAUUCAAUAUUUAUGUUGGUCUCCUGUUGGGAGUAAAUUAGCAUAUGUCUAUCAAAACAAUAUCUAUCUGAAACAAAGACCAGAAGAUCCACCUUUUCAAAUAACAUAUAAUGGAAAAGAAAAUAAAAUAUUUAAUGGAAUCCCAGACUGGGUUUAUGAAGAGGAGAUGCUUGCUACAAGAUAUGCUCUCUGGUGGUCUCCCAAUGGAAAAUUUUUGGCAUAUGCAGAAUUUAAUGAUACAGAGAUACCAGUUAUUGCCUAUUCCUAUUAUGGUGAUGAACAAUAUCCUAGAACAAUAAAUAUUCCAUACCCGAAGGCCGGAGCGAAGAAUCCCAUUGUUCGGAUCUUUAUUAUUGAUGCCACUUACCCUGCGCAAGGAGGGCCCAGAGAAGUGCCAGUUCCAGCAAUGAUAGCCUCGAGUGAUUAUUAUUUCAGUUGGCUCACAUGGGUGACUGAUGAGCGAAUAUGUUUGCAGUGGCUAAAAAGAAUCCAGAAUGUUUCAGUCUUAUCUAUAUGUGAUUUCAGGGAAGACUGGCAGACAUGGAACUGUCCAAAGACGCAGGAGCAUAUAGAAGAAAGCAGAACUGGAUGGGCUGGUGGAUUCUUUGUUUCGACACCAGUUUUCAGCUAUGAUGCCAUUUCGUACUACAAAAUAUUUAGUGACAAGGAUGGCUACAAACAUAUUCACUAUAUCAAAGACACUGUGGAAAAUGCUAUUCAAAUUACAAGUGGCAAGUGGGAGGCCAUAAAUAUAUUCAGAGUAACACAGGAUUCACUGUUUUAUUCUAGCAAUGAAUUUGAAGGCUACCCUGGAAGAAGAAAUAUCUAUAGAAUUAGCAUUGGAAGCUAUCCUCCAAGUAAGAAGUGCGUUACUUGCCAUCUAAGGAAAAAAAGGUGCCAAUAUUACACAGCAAGUUUCAGCGACUAUGCCAAGUACUAUGCACUCGUCUGCUAUGGCCCAGGCCUUCCCAUUUCCACUCUUCAUGACGGCCGCACUGACCAAGAAAUUAAAAUCCUGGAAGAAAACAAGGAAUUGGAAAAUGCUUUGAAAAAUAUCCAGCUGCCUAAAGAGGAGAUUAAGAAACUCAAAGUGGAUAAUAUUACUUUAUGGUACAAGAUGAUUCUUCCUCCUCAGUUUGACAAAUCAAAGAAGUAUCCCUUGCUAAUUCAAGUAUAUGGUGGUCCCUGCAGUCAGAGUGUAAGGUCUGUAUUCGCUGUUAGUUGGAUAUCUUAUCUUGCAAGUCAGGAAGGGAUAGUCAUUGCCUUGGUGGAUGGUCGAGGAACAGCUUUCCAAGGUGACAAACUCCUGUAUGCAGUGUAUCGAAAGCUGGGUGUUUAUGAAGUUGAGGACCAGAUCACAGCUGUCAGAAAAUUCAUAGAAAUGGGUUUCAUUGAUGAAAAAAGAAUAGCCAUAUGGGGCUGGUCAUACGGAGGUUAUGUUUCAUCGCUGGCCCUUGCUUCAGGAACUGGUCUUUUCAAAUGUGGGAUAGCAGUGGCUCCGGUCUCCAGCUGGGAAUAUUAUGCAUCUAUCUACACAGAGCGAUUCAUGGGCCUCCCAACAAAGGAUGAUAAUCUCGAGCAUUAUAAAAAUUCAACGGUGAUGGCAAGAGCAGAAUAUUUCAGAGAUGUAGACUAUCUUCUCAUCCACGGAACAGCAGAUGAUAAUGUGCACUUUCAAAACUCAGCACAGAUUGCUAAAGCUCUGGUUAAUGCACAAGUGGAUUUCCAGGCAAUGUGGUACUCGGACCAGAACCAUGGCAUAUCCGGCCUGUCCACGAAGCACUUAUACACCCACAUGACCCACUUCCUAAAGCAAUGUUUUUCUUUGUCAGACUAAAAACGAUGCAGAUACAAGACUGUAUCACAAUCUGAACACUUCCAAUAAAUGCCUCAGACCGUUUGCUUGUUUUACUCGUUACACUGUUAAAUGUUGGUAUAAAUAAACAAACAAACGAAUGUUGUUCUAAAGGCUGACAGAAAAUUCAGAGGACUCAGAAGUUCAACCUAAAUAUUGUUUACAUUUUCCGGCACUCUGUGAAAGAAGAGAAAAGGAGGCCAUACCUUUUGCUUUGGACACAGACACUGUUUUAUCACCUGUUUAUUUGAGGGGGAAAAAAAAUAAAGUCAGAAGUUAAAACGCUA